UUCAACAACGCAAUCUGUGUGUGUGCGUAUAUAUAUACAUAGUUUCAUUUAGUGAAUACGUGCAUUCAAUUCAGCUUUCAGCUUUCCAUCUUAUGCCUACGGUCUUUCAUUUCACUUUUAACGUUACCAGUGGCCUCCGACAUCCCAUCCAGAUAUGCAGAUCAAAACUCGUAGUGCAUUAUAGGCUCACUGUGUCAGCAAAAUUCAGGAUCAAAGGAUCUUAAAAGGAUGCUUUCAGUAAAGUGGUGUGCAUUUCCACAAGUCUUGAACUAACAGUGAAAUCAAGAAUGUCUGGCUUGCAUGGGUCAAAGGAACACGAGGUGGCACAAAAUUUUCCUGCAUCCAAUGUGGAUGAAGUGAUAUUCAUUUGCUAAGUUUCAAACUUCAAGGUCUUGUGAACUUCCAGUCAGAUACCGCAUUGAUGUCACUUCAGAGUGGUUUAAAAACUUACGAAGAUGAAAUGAUGAAAUAAUUCAAAUCGAAAAUUUUCUUGUGAAGUUCAUUUUCGAAAAAUUCUGCAGUGGUAAACACAAAAAAGAAUUUUCAAAUGAUUUAAUUCAAGGGAAAAGAGCAUUAAGUAAUUCUCAAAGAAAUGCAAAACAUUUAAGUUUUCAUUACAAGAUUAAAAAGUACAUGCCUUCUAAAAUAUGCUACAACAACUUAACUUUCUCUGUCAUUCUAAAACUUCUUUAGCCCUUUGUUAGAAACAUGAUUACGUAAAAUUGAGGAAACUGUGAGAAUAUCACUACUUUGAAUUUACAUGGACAAUAUUUUAUAAAAAGAUUUUUGUUACAGAAAAUUUAGGGUUGCAAAUUCGCAUGUUUAAGUUCUUAGAAUUGGGAUGUCCAAAUCACAGCGAGUUAUUAGAUCAAUACGCUUCAAAUACCGUGGAUGGAUAAGGCGCUUCAUAACAUGCUUUAACUUCAUAGCGUUUGUUAUUCUACUAAUUAUUGUUAUACUUGUGGUAACUGUUCAAGAUUUUCAAGAUGAGAAAGAGUUGUCUAGUGUAAAAUUAGAUGAUUUUCAUCCUGCAACUUACCUUAACAAGGAAUUAAUUCAAACAGCUAGACAUACGACAGCUAAAAAGAUUGUUAAAUAUUAUACGUCCAUUAAAAGAAACAUAACAUCAAGUUCUCCACAAAACUACAAACUGUCGGAAAGUGCUGAGGAAGCGAUGCCAGCGAGAGAUGAUAUAAUACAACCACAAAUUUUCAUGCCAAAAAUUAAACUCCGUUAUUAUGCUAAACAUUCUCGUUUAAAAUUAAAAACCACAGAAUCAAAUACUAUUUCUUUCAAAAAAUUUAAGUAUAGGGAUUUUUUUAAUGCUUUGGCUCAUCCUAAGCUUUUAACUACAGAAUCUCCUACUUUGUCCACACAGACUGAAAGACGUACAAAAACAGGCUUAAAUGAUUGGAUACAAGCUAAUAAUCCACGAGACAAAGACAAAUUUCUCGUUUAUUCGGCUUACUGGGAUGAUAGAUUUGAUCUGAGUAAUUACGUAAGAGUAAUGGCCAUUAUGGUCACCAAAAAUCCUCCUUCCACAUUCUGCCGAUUAGUGAUGUCAGAUGAUACAACUAUUGAUGUUCCAGUUGUUACGAAAAUAAUGAAUGAACAUUGGAGAUUGAAAUAUGCAUCUUACUUCUUGUCGUGUCAAGUUUCUAAGAAAAUCAAAGCUCCACUGAAAGUUUUAAUGUCCCUUCAUCGAAAUUUUACUUCCGCUGCUUUAUUACCAGUUUAUCAGAAUAAAGAAAAUAUAGCUUCGCCUAAAGGCGAUUUUGCUGUAUGUGUGAAACCUUUACAUUACCACUACGACAGAGCCACGUGGUUAGUUGAAUUCAUCGAACUGCAUAGGAUUCUUGGUGUUGAACAUUUCUUCUUCUACAACCACUCGGUUGGCCCAAAUGUGGAUAGUCUUCUCAGAGCCUACAUUAGGCAGAAAAUAGUGACGGUUCUUCCAUGGAAUUUACCACUUCGUUCUCAAAAGCAGAUUAGAACCGAAGCUAUAUUCUCUUCAUUAAAUGACUGUGUGUUUAGAACAAUGUAUUUAUUCAACUAUGUUGUCAUGUUGGACUUCGAUGAAUAUAUCAUUCCCCGUGAACACGAGAGUUACUCAGAACUGAUCCAGCAGCUGGAAGAUGACAACAAAAGAAUACGUGGAAAACCUGGCAGUUUUGUUUUUAGAAAUACUUUCUUUUACCUUUACUGGAAAAAUGACACAACAGUGUACGGUGUGGAGCCAGAAAAACCACCAGACUUUACUCCAUAUCUGAUCACGCAGUACAAAACAAGAAGACUUUCUACGUCUAUGAAGGUAGGAAGUCGAUCCAAGUAUAUUGUGGUUCCGGAAAGGGUGAUUGAAGUUGGUAAUCAUGUAGUAUGGAGGCAUACUUCAGGCAGUCGAGCUAUUCAAGUUCCAGACGCAGUGGCUCUACUACACCACUACCGCAUCUGUGAAUUUGGUGGAUUUAGUUGCCUUAAGAAAACAAGUCUUGUGGAUAGAACUGCCACAAGAUUUGGGCCCGAGCUACUGAGAAGAGUUUUAUCUCAAUGCCAGCUGGUCUAUUCUGAUCUACAAGGCAAAUGUCCACUCUCUCCACCAUUAGGUUCUCCAUGGUGACUCUCGUGUUUCCAAAACUCUGAUGGACUUGCAAGUUGAUAUACCAUCCAAUAGCCUUCUCAUUUUGAUUAGAAAAAAAUCAAUUCUUUUGAGACAUUGCACUCAAUUCCUAAUUUCGCACCAAGCAUUAUACAAUCUCUUUUAUUUGCUAGUGUUGAUUUUAAUCACAAGUAUAAUUUGAUAAAGGAUGUUUCUCAUUUUUAAUCAUCAUGAUAUAAGUUUCAAAUUAUACAUAAUCCGUAAUCACAAUCAAAUAGUCUGAUCAACAAUAAAUGAAUAUAAGCUAAUAAAUUUUUAAAAAUUCGGAUAAGUAAUGUUAUAUUGCAAGGAAAAAAAUACACUGUAUAUUGAAAACUAAUUAUGGUUGAAAAUAUAAUAUAAUUUUAUUAUUUAAAAA